AUGCGGUAUCAGAGCCUUAAAAGAUUUGUUCAGUACUCUGUUGCUAGUGUAUCUGCUAAUCUUAAUUCGGUACCGGUCCUUAAUGGUAAUAACUUUAAGGACUGGAAGGAGAACAUUUUUAUUGUUCUUCGCUGCAUGGAUCUUGACCUUGCAUUAAGGAUGGAUCGUCCUGCUCCUCUUACGGAUACUAGUACCUCCGAGCAAAUGAGGAUUUAUGAGAAGUGGGACCGUUCAAACCGCAUGAGUCUUAUGAUCAUUAAGCGCGGCAUACCUGAGGCUUUUAGGGGUGCGGUGUCCGAGGAGGUCACCGAUGCCACAACUUUCCUUGCUGAAAUUGAGAAGCGCUUUGCAAAAAGCGAUAAGGCGGAAACAAUGCUUAUCUCUCUUCCUCCACAAUUCAGUCAAUUUAAGGGCAAGAAAAGAAAGAAUGAGGCUGCUAAGGAUAAAGGUCCUGCACAUAAGAAACAAACUCAAACCAACAGUGAUGAUGGUUGUUUCUUUUGCAACAUGAAAGGACACAUGAAGAAGGAAUGUGCUAAGUAUAUUGCAUGGCGAGCAAAGAAAGGUACAUUUCUUACUUUGGUCUGUUCUGAGGGUUGCCUGAGUUACCAAAAGCCAAAUGAUGCUGAAAGAAGCAUUUAUGUGGGAGAUGGCAAGUCGAUAAAUGUGGAAGCAAUAGGGCAUUUUAGUUUAUCUAUUAAUUCAAAUACUGUUGGAACUGGUUCACUUAUGGUUUAUGACAACUUAUAUUUGCUUGACACUGUUGCUUCUUAUAAUGAAACCUUGAAUGUGGAAUCACGUGGUACUAAGCGUAAAAUGGAUUAUGAAAAAUCAAGUUCCUUAUGGCACAAACGGUUAGGUCACAUCUCUAGAAAUAGAGUUGAGCGACUUGUAUCUGAUGGAAUUUUAGAUUCAAUUAAUUUUUCAGACUUUGAUGUUUGUAUUGAAUGCAUCAAAGGCAAACAGACCAAAACAAAGAAAUUGGGUGCGAAAAGAGCUACCGAUGUCUUAGAGUUGAUACAUACAGAUAUUUAUGGGCCAUUUCCUACACCUUCUUGGAAUGGUCAACGAUAUUUUGCUGAAGUUGAGAAUCAACUUAGCGAAAGAAUAAAGCAAGUUAGGUCUGACCGUGGUGGUGAGUACUAUGGCAGAUAUGACGGAUCAGGUGAACAACGUCCAGGACCUUUUGCCAGAUAUCUAGAGGAGUGUGGAAUUGUCCCACAGUACACUAUGCCAGGAUCUCCUAGCAUGAAUGGUGUUGCUGAAAGACGAAACCGUACUCUUAAAGAUAUGGUAAGGAGUAUGAUCACUGAGGCUAGGCCUUAUAGGCCAAAUGAAAAGAAGCUGGAACCCAAAACUGUGAGUAGCUACUUUAUUGGAUAUUCUGAACGAUCUAGGGGUUUCAAGUUUUAUGAUCCCAAAGUAAAGAAUAUAUUUGAAACGGGAACUGCAAAGUUUUUUGAGGAUAUUGAGUUUGGGGGGAGAAAUACGGUUAAAGACUUUGUUUUUGAGGAGGAUCUAGAAUCAACGACUCCUCUUGAGGAUGAGUUGAUUCCUAUUCCAAUAGUUGCUUUUGACAAUAUCCAGGAUUCCAUUCCUAAUAUUGAUCAAGUUUUAGAUCAAGAGCAACCAAACAUAGUCAAUCAAACCCCAGAGGGAAGUUCACAGAUUAGCAGAAGCUAA